CCCGCCCUGGGCUAGACUGCGAAGUCGUGGAUCCGGUUUGGUCGGGUGGGUCAGCUACUGGGAGAAAAUACACCGAGCCCCCCGGGGCUGCGGCGGCAGCAUGGUGGGCCCGGAGAAGGAGCAGAGCUGGAUCCCUAAGAUCUUCAGGAAGAAGGUGUGCACGACGUUCAUAGUGGACCUCUGCGAUGAUUCCGGAGGGACCUUGUGCCAAUGUGGGAGACCACGGAAUGCCCACCCGUCUGUGGCUGUGGAGGACGCCUUUGGGGCAGCUGUAGUUUCAGAGUGGAGCAGUGACGAACACACUACAGAGAAGCCCACAGAUGCCUAUGGAGACCUGGACUUCAUAUAUUCUGGCAGAAGGCCCAGCAACUUCCUCCGGCUGUCUGACCGCACAGAUCCGGCCACUGUGUACAGUCUCGUCACCCGUACUUGGGGCUUUCGUGCCCCAAACUUGGUGGUGUCAGUACUGGGGGGGUCGGGGGGCCCCGUGCUCCAGACCUGGCUACAGGACCUUCUACGUCAUGAGCUGGUGCGAGCCGCUCAGAGCACAGGGGCCUGGAUUGUCACAGGGGGACUGCACACAGGCAUAGGCCGGCAUGUGGGUGUGGCUGUGAGGGACCACCAGAUGGCCAGCACUGGGGGCAGCAAGGUGGUGGCCAUGGGUGUGGCCCCCUGGGGUGUGGUCCGGAACAGAGAUAUGCUGAUCAACCCUAAGGGCUCAUUCCCUGCAAGGUACAGAUGGCGCGGUGACCCUGAGGACGGAGUUGAGUUCCCCCUGGACUACAACUAUUCUGCUUUCUUCUUGGUGGAUGACGGCACAUAUGGGCGCCUGGGCGGUGAGAACCGCUUCCGCCUUCGCUUUGAGUCCUACGUGGCUCAGCAGAAGACUGGAGUGGGAGGGACUGGAAUUGACAUCCCUGUACUCCUUCUUCUCAUCGAUGGUGAUGAGAAGAUGUUGAAGCGGAUAGAGGAUGCCACACAGGCUCAGCUCCCCUGCCUCUUGGUGGCUGGCUCUGGCGGUGCUGCAGACUGCCUGGUGGAGACCCUGGAAGACACUCUGGCCACAGGGAGUGGGGGACUCAGGAGAGGCGAAGCCCGAGAUCGGAUUAGGCGUUAUUUCCCUAAGGGAGACCCUGAGGUCCUGCAGGCCCAGGUCGAGAGGAUCAUGACCCGAAAAGAGCUGCUCACCAUCUAUUCGACCGAAGAUGGCGCCGAGGAGUUUGAGACGAUUGUUUUGAGGGCACUUGUGAAAGCAUGUGGGAGCUCUGAGGCCUCAGCAUACCUGGAUGAGCUGCGUUUGGCUGUGGCCUGGAACCGUGUGGACAUUGCCCAAAGUGAACUUUUCCGCGGGGACAUCCAGUGGCGGUCUUUCCACCUGGAGGCCUCUCUCAUGGACGCUCUGCUGAAUGACCGGCCUGAGUUUGUGCGCUUGCUCGUCUCCCAUGGCCUUAGCCUGGGCCACUUCCUGACGCCCUCGCGCCUGGCCCAGCUGUACAGUGCAGUGUCCCCUAACUCACUCAUCCGCAGUCUCCUGGACCAGGCAGCGCACAGUGGCGGCAGCAGAAUCCCACCUAUGAAAGAUGGGGCCAUCGCGUUCCACGUGGGGCAAGUUCUGAGGACGCUGUUGGGAGAAACGUGUGCGCCGAGGUACCCUGCCAGGAAUACCCGAGACUCUCAGCUGGGCCAGGACUGCAGCGAGAGCGCCCAACUACUUUUGGAUUGCGCCUCGAGGCCGAUGGAUGUCAACUUUGAACAAGGCCCCUGGAGUGACCUGCUUAUCUGGGCUUUGUUGUUGAACAGAGCCCAGAUGGCCAUUUAUUUCUGGGAGAAGGGCUCCAACUCAGUGGCCUCUGCCCUGGGGGCAUGUCUCCUUCUCCGGGUGAUGGCUCGCCUAGAGUGGGAGGCUGAGGAGGCUACACGGCGGAAGGACCUGGCAGCCAAGUUUGAGAGCAUGAGCGUGGACCUCUUUGGAGAAUGUUACCAUAACAGUGAGGAACGAGCAUUUCGCCUGCUUCUUCGACGCUGUCCCCUGUGGGGAGAGGCCACCUGCCUUCAGCUUGCCAUGCAGGCAGAUGCCCGCUCAUUCUUUGCCCAGGAUGGGGUACAGUCUCUGCUGACACAGAAGUGGUGGGGGGAGAUGGACAACACCACCCCUAUCUGGGCCCUGCUUCUCGCCUUCUUCUGCCCCCCUCUGAUCUGCACCCGUCUCAUCCCCUUCAGGAAGCCAGAGGAGGAGUCCACACAGAAGAACCCUGACUUCGACCUGGAUAGCAGCAUCAAUGGAGCGGGUCCUGUGGGGCCUUCAGAGCCCUCCGCGAAGGUGGCCCUGGAGAGGCGACGGCGGCCAGGACGUGCCCUCUGCGGUGGCAGCUGCUCCAAGCGCUGGUCGCACUUCUGGGGUGCUCCGGUGACCGCCUUCCUGGGCAACGUGGUCAGUUACCUGCUGUUCCUGCUGCUGUUCGCGCACGUGUUGCUGGUGGAUUUCCAGCCCGCGGCGCCCGGUGCCUUCGAGCUGCUGCUGUACUUCUGGGCCUUCACGCUGCUGUGCGAAGAGCUGCGCCAGGGCCUGGGUGGCGGCUGGGGGAGCCUGGCCAGCGGCGGACCUGGGCCCGGCGAAGCUCCCCUGCGCCACCGGCUGCACCUCUACCUCUCAGAUGCCUGGAACCAGUGUGACCUGCUGGCACUCACCUGCUUCCUGCUAGGCGUUGGCUGCAGGUUGACCCCUGGGCUGCGUGACUUGGGCCGCACGGUCCUCUGCCUCGACUUCAUGGUCUUCACACUGCGGCUGCUUCACAUCUUCACGGUGAACAAGCAACUGGGACCCAAGAUUGUCAUCGUGAGCAAGAUGAUGAAGGACGUAUUCUUUUUCCUCUUCUUCCUCUGUGUAUGGCUUGUGGCUUACGGGGUGGCCACAGAGGGGAUCCUGCGGCCCCAGGACCGCAGCCUACCGAGUAUCCUGCGUCGCGUCUUCUACCGUCCCUAUCUGCAGAUCUUUGGGCAGAUUCCCCAGGAGGAAAUGGAUGUGGCCCUCAUGAAUCCAGGUAACUGCUCUGCGGAGCAAGGCUUCUGGGCUUACCCAGAAGGGCCUGUCUCGGGCUUCUGCGUGUCCCAGUAUGCCAACUGGCUGGUGGUGUUGCUCCUCGUCGUCUUCCUGCUGGUGGCCAACAUCCUGCUGCUCAAUCUGCUCAUCGCCAUGUUCAGCUACACCUUCAGCAAAGUACAAGACAACAGCGACCUCUACUGGAAGGCACAACGCUACAGCCUCAUCCGGGAAUUCCACUCCAGGCCUGCGCUGGCCCCGCCCCUUAUCAUCAUCUCUCACGUGCGCCUUCUCAUCAGGUGGCUGCGCAGGUGUCAUUGGGCACCCUCCCCAGUCGUCGAACACUUCCGUGUCUACCUCUCUAAGGAAGCAGAACGGAAGUUGCUGACUUGGGAGUCUGUGCACAAAGAGAACUUCUUAUUGGCACAAGCUCGUGACAAGCGAGACAGUGACUCGGAGCGCCUGAAACGCACGUCUCAGAAGGUGGACACGGCACUGAAGCAGCUGGGACAGAUUAGAGAGUAUGAGCGGCGCCUGAAGGGGCUGGAGAAAGAGGUCCAACACUGUACUCGCGUCCUGAGUUGGGUGGCUGAGGCCCUUAGCAGCUCUGCCUUGCUGCCUCCAGGGGGGCCACCCCCUCCAAGCCCACCUGGGUCCAAAGACUGAGUGUUCCUGGUGGAUUCCUAGGUAUUGGCGUCCAUAGAGGCUUCAUUUCCAGAGUUGGGCCCAGCCUGCCUCAAUCUACACAACUGGCGGCCUUAUCCUCACCAUGAGUCGCAUGCUCGGGGAGAGGGGGGGGGAGGGGCGUUGCCUGCUCAACAACCUCAGAGUGUCACCAUGGGAACCCCAGCAGGCCUGGCUCCUCCCAGGGGCAGCCCCACCUUGGGUGGAUCAAACUCUGAGCUGGCAACGUUGGGCUUUCCACAAGCAGAGGGGGCCAGAGGGUCCCGGGGUUACAGGGACCACAGACCCUAUUCACAGCUUCCCCACAAUGGGGAAAAUAAAACCUUUUGAUAGGAA